GGGUCGGGUUACAGUGCGCAGUGGGCUGGACUCCGCUCCAAAAUAACUUUACUCAUUUCACAACGCAACGACUGGACGGCUCAACAAUAGACAGACGUAUUUAUCCAACUUUUAGGGAAGGAGUUGUCUAAAUUUAGUUCAGCCUGAGCUUUGCUGUCUUGGUUUUCAACGGAACUAAGGUCCAUCGGGAAGUGGCCUCCACCACCACUCCACAGCCAUGAGUUCCCAGAACAGCUAUGGAAGCAGCAUGUUCCAGACGAUGAACGAGGACCUGAAUGCGUCUCUGGCCCAGGCCGAUGAGUUAUCCAGAGAGUUUAACUCUCUGUUACAGGAAGUCUCCCCCAGCACCCAGUCUGUUUCUCAGACUCCCUCAGGUCCUGUAAUCCCCAGAGAAAGACCCCAGCCCUCAACCUCAGAGAGACAGACAGGAGGCAGCUCCAGCACUCUCCCCUACUCCACCAGCUCCAGCUCUCUCCCCUACUCCACCAGCUCCAGCUCUCUCCCCUACACUCCCAGCUCCAGCUCUCUCCCCUACACUCCCAGCUCCAGCUCCAGCUCUCUCCCCUACUCCCCCACACUACCCUCCCCUACUCCACCAGCUCCAGCUCUCUCCCCUACUCCCCCCAGCACUACCCUCCCCUACUCCACCAGCUCCAGCUCUCUCCCCUACUCCCCCAGCACUACCCUCCCCUACUCCACCAGCUCCAACCUGGAUUCCAUAAUCUCCAGCAGUAAAGCUAGGCCCUCCUCCCCUGUCUUCUCCCCCCACCAGCUCACCCCUUCCCAGGCACAACGGGACAGAUACUCUCUCCCGCCCUCCCAUCGCUCUGGAGGUUUUGACCCCAACUACUCCUAUGAUCAGCUGACCCCUCCCAACCAAUCACCUCGUACCCAGCGGCGUGCGUCUCCCUCUCCGUCUCGCCAAAUGACCUACGACCGCAGCCCACAGGGAUCAAUCAGCUACAUUGAUUCAAGCCCCUCCCCUCCUUCCCAUGCUCCUGGCUACGACCAAUCACAUCGGGGGAGGGUACAACCCUCACAGCCCUUGUCCAAUCUGCUGUCCCCGUAUGACUCUGCUACCAUGGGUCAGACGUCCCCACGACUGGGCCGAAGCCGCUCCCCUCGCCAAUUCAGCCAACCAGCAGCAUCCAGCACCCUGCCACGGAACUUUGUGCCUUUCAGUCCGUCUGAUGAAGGCAUACAGAGACAGAAGAUCCCUGGUAAAUGGAAUGAGACAGAUUUGGACGUGUCGUCUUACGAGAAGAAACCCCACCACACCUAUGACAAGACAGAGUGGCUGAGACCGUUGGUGCCAAACACCAACUGGAGAGAAUCUAACCUGGAUAAGCCUUCCCCUUCCAAGAAGGACACCCUCACUCGUUCCCUCCAGUCCCCCCACGCCUCUCUCCCCCGUAACACCCGUAUCUCUGUCCCUCCUGACUUGUCCUCCCUCUACCACGCCCCUCCCCAACCAAUCAUAUCCCGUAUCUCCAUCCCCCCUCCCUCCUCCUCCUCCCAUCCCCCCCGUCAGCACAGGCCCAUCCCCCUCUCCGUCAUCAUGCGGCUCCAGAACCCCUACUGGGCCUCGUCUGCGAUCCACCCCCGGGCCCUGGGGAAAGAGGGGGACACGGGGGUGUACUGUCAGGCUGUACCCAGGGAGUACAGGGAAUACCUGGACUACAGAGAGUACCAGACCCAACCACAGAACCAUGAGCUCAGGCAGCCGGCUUACUACGGGGAAGUGCUGAACCCAGGUGAUGUUGACGCUGAGUUGGAGCGACUGGACCCAAUGCGUCAUGGUCCCACGGCCGCUGACCCAGCUCUCCCAGAGAGAGGGGGGGAGACGGAGCGAGGUGUUGUCGUCGUCGUCGUCGACGAAUCCCAGGUGGUGGCCCCCAGGCCCCUCAGCCCAUCCAGGCUGCAGCCAGUGGUGGCUCCAGAGAGCCCAGAUGUCCCUGACAUGGAAGAGCUGUUACGGAUCCGCUCUGAGAUCCCCCGGGCCCUGAAGAGACGCGGCUCUCUGACCCCUAACCCUAAACCUGACCCCAACCCAAACCCUGGACCAGGGUCACAAGCCCCUGUCCCUGGCCAGCCCCAGAAGAAGCCAGCCGCCCUGCAGCCGGACAACAGUCAGAAACAGUACAAACAGUUCAUCAAUAAGCUCUUCCGGAGGAAUGGGUCCAAGGUCCUGCAAGGGGGGGAGACGGGGAGUGACUACAGCUCCUCCUCAGAUGGAGAAGGGGACAGCUCUACACCCCCCUCCACUGGACCUAACCCUGUCCCUAACCCUGUCCCUAACCCUGUCCCUAACCCUGGACCUGCCUCUCCAGAAUACAGGGGGUACAGUUCCAUCCUACGUCGGGCCAGUCGGGAGCGAGAGGGUUCUGGUCGGCGGGCCCGGCUCAGCCCUCUGGUUCUACUGCUGGACGGGUCACUGGUGGGGGAACUGGACACUGUUCAGAGGGCCGUGCAGGAGAUGAAUGACGCGAGCCAGCCGAACGACGAGGGCAUCACAGCCCUCCAUAACGCCAUCUGUGGAGGUCACUACAGCGUGGUCGACUUCCUGGUUCGUAUAGGAGCCAACGUCUCCGCCCCAGACAGCCACGGAUGGACCCCCCUCCACUGUGCAGCAUCCUGUAAUGACCUUCCUCUCUGUGAGUUCCUGGUGAGGAACGGGGCAGCUGUCAUGGCGGUGACGGAGAGUGACGGGGCCACCGCCUCUCAGAAGUGUGACCCGUACGCUGUGGGCUUCGAGGAGUGCGUGAGCUUCCUCAGGGGUGUGGAGGAGGCGAUGGGUGUGGAGAACAGCGGGGUGCUGUAUGCCCUGUGGGGGUACCCUUCCCAGGAGGCAGACGAGCUGGGCUUCAGAGAGGGGGACAUGGUGACUAUCCUCCAGAAGCAAGACGGGGUAGAUUGGUGGUGGGCAUCACUUUGUGGCCGAGAGGGAUUCAUACCUAACAACUACUUUGGGCUGUUCCCUAAAGUUCGUCCUAAGUCCCUCUGCUAGACCCCUCUACCCAAUCAGCCCUCGUCCCACUGAAUGGCUGGAACAGGGACUGGAGCAGAAAACUGUUGCUGGCUGUUGUGAAGACCUGGGAGGAGAAACGACCCUUUGUUCCUUUGUCCUGUCUGAUUUCACUAAGCAGUGAACUAGAAUAACAACACAUGAGUCACUACAGUGAGACAUAGGGCCGGUACUAGGUGGGUGUGGCAGUACAUUAUUACUGGAUUAUACUUCA